GAGAGACAUGGCCGGGAAUGGAUGUUGAAUCGGGAUGGCCAUAGUGGGCAUGCCUGAGCAUUUUAGCGGCAAACUCUUCAAUUCCUCAACCUUUCCUUCAAUCUUACAGAAUUCAACCUCAAAACCGAAGCAAGCUCUGCACGUGAGGUGCUCACUGUCACCCCCACAAUGGCGAGAGGGCCGCCGACUUGUCUCCAUCUCUCUAGCUCUCUCCCACCUGCUUUUCAUCCCUAACCGGGCUGCUGCGGGAAGCAUCUUGGAUAAAUAUGUGAAGAAGAAAAGGCUCGAUCCUUUGGACUUUUAUGUACCGCCUAUCAUACUUACGCAGCUACAGAUCAAGGACUUGGAGAAAACGUUAGAGAGUGAUGAACCCCAAUUUGCUGCCUGCCGAUCGCUACUUCGUGCGGGCCCUGCAGCAUCUCUUCGUGUAAAUAUUAGAGCAGUGGCGCAAUAUGCAUCUGACAGUGGCAAUGGGAAAACUGCAUUCAACGAUGUAGAUCAAUGUCUAAGCGCUCUAGAGGAACUUGAUUCCUUACUUCUGCAUGCAUCAAGAAAUGAACCCGAAGCCACAGUCAAGUCUAUGAAGGCAAAGAUUAGUGCAACUCUUGACGCUUUGGACAGCCUCUUACAGACUGUACCGUCUGAUGUGCUAAGUAAGGGAAAAGUUGUAGCUGAUUCAUACAGGAACGUGGAAGAUGAAGAUAGAGCAAGUCUGGACCCUGAAUUAAGGCAAUUAGAAGAAAUUCUCUGAAUUGCUAAAAUAUUUUUUCACCGUUUGUAAUUUUAGCCAAGAUCAUUAUGUAUAUUCAAUUUAAAAAGAAGCCUACAGUUGACAUAACAUUAAGCAUAAUUUGAGUUGACCUUCACGAUUUUCCUAUUUA